UACACGCUUCGAUGGCAGAGUGACUCGGCCCACAAUUGUAUGCGGGCAAGACGAACGAUGGUGCGAGGGCUCGUGUGGAUGGCCGCGAUGGUGGUCGCCAUGGUUGCGGGCCAGGCCAAUUUCGACAAACCUGCAUGCGACGUCAACCGAGCCUUCGUCCCGACUCUGGGACUGCCGAUGCUGACCGCACGAUGCGAGAGCCUGUGUUCUGCUGAGUCGAUUGCCUUACUCAAGAAGGCCUUUACUACCCCGCCCCCGUAUUGCCUUGUUACAAGCGGAAAGAUUUACUCGGCUCAAAACACGACCCAGGAUGACUUAACCCUCGUGGACGUGAAGAAAACGAUGCCGAUUGCGCACGUCGAAGGCCUACCUACGACUGAGGUUUCCAUAUUCCUCAACAACAUUGGACUUGUCUCGAUGAACAAGACGUUGGCGUACUCGCCGUCUGGCGCAGACAUCCCCGCGACAACUCUGGACGUAUCCAACAACGCGCUCACUUCACUCUCCGACACAACGUUCCCCUUCCGCCUCAUGGCCUUGAUUGCCGACAAGAACAAGCUGACCGACUUGGCCAACAUCACGGCGCCGUCUCUUGCAGUGUUGCAGGUCAAGUCGAACGAAUUCACGGCCGUCCCGCAACUCACGCUCAAAGCACUGUCGUCGCUCAUCCUCGACACCAAUUCCAUUAAGUCUAUUGGCACUCCCUGGCAAGGCAUCCCAAAUGUUAAAACGCUCUCGCUUGCCAACAACCGCAUCUCGGACCUCCCCCCCGUGUGGCCGUCCCACUUGCAAUCAUUGAAUCUCCAAAACAACUCGUUGACCCAAGUCAACCUGACGACGCUGCCGUCGUCGCUCACAGCGCUGUGUCUCGGAGGCAACAACAUCUCGAUCAUCUUGGCCUCGUCGGCGGCGUUCGACGUGCUUCAGAAGCUGACGCAGCCACACAUGGUGGGCGACUCGCCGACUGCUUCAGUUUGCGACGCGUCGACCCCAUUUGCAUCUAAAUCCUUGGAGACAUCCAAGUGUCCGCCGUCGUUUAAGCUCGAAAAGCUGUGGGACAUUUAUCCCAUUUGCGUCGCGCCAUCGCCGUCGUCUGUGGACUCGUCUAAAUCGGGGGCUUCGAUGGUCGUUGUGUCCGUGGCUUUGGCGCUCAUCACGCUCCUUCUCCUCGCGAUCUGCAUUCAGCGGCGGCGGGCGCGGCUCUCUCCCAACUGGUACGAAGAAGUCGACCACAAGUACUACGGCGUCGUGGACGCUGCCCAACUCGACAGCGACGUCCGGUUUGAUGAGAUGUAUGCGCCAUUUCACAUCCCUGCGCCAUCCAUUGAGCGGCACCAUGUCCUUGCACGCGGCGGGUUUGGCAUCGUGUAUUUGGCGACGCUGCAUCCUAGCCCAGCAUAUCCGAUCAUCACGUCACCCAUUUCGGUCGCCAUGAAGAGGAUGUUGCCGGAGAAGGCGAGCGAAGUACACUCUGUCGAGGACUUUAUGGAGGAAAUUCGACUCAGCGCGCGGUUGUACCACAAGAACAUUGUCAAGUUCAUCGGGUUCUCGUGGACUACGCUGCAAAAUCUGUGCGCCCUGACCGAGUACAUGGAGCACGGGGACCUGUGGAACUACAUGCAGGCGGCACCGCUCUUUGGCUGGAACAUUUCAAAGCAAGUUCAUGUCCGUAUCCGCGCCGUCAAGGGCCUUUCCAUGUUUUCCCAGUCCAGCUUUAACAACUCGAUGCUGAGUUUGGACCCGAAGCAGAGCCCCAUGACGUGGGUGGACCAAGGCCAGACCCUUCCCGUGUCGAAAUUCACUAUGCUUUGCGACGUCGUGGAGGCUCUCAUGUACCUCCACUCGAUGGACCCGCCUAUUAUCCAUCGCGACCUGAAGACGAAAAAUGUGUUGCUGAAUGGAGUUGGAGUCGCCAAACUCACCGAUUUUGGCGUGUCGCGGGAAACUUCUGAAGACACGAUGACAGCAGAGAUCGGGACGGUCGCCUGGAUCGCGCCAGAAGUUCUCAAGGGGAUUUAUUACUCGGAAAAGGCCGACAUUUAUUCGCUCGGCGUUCUCAUGUCCGAGAUGGACACGGCGGAGGUGCCGUACUCCAACUUAGACCAGAUUUUCCCCGAGUUUCGAGAACCCAUGGACGUUCACACGGCAAAGACACGCAUUGCGAUGCUCGUUGUGGCGGGAGACCUCCGGCCGUCCUUCACCCACAAAUGCCCGUCGUGUAUUGUCGACGUUGCGUCCCGGUGCCUGAGCCACGACCCCGACCGCCGCCCUCACGUUCACGAAGUGUGGGAUUGGCUCAAGCAGAUAAAAAAAGCCAUACUUGCCGCCGCCGCCGCGGGAGUUUAAUUUAUACUUCCAAUCUAUCAUCUUGGGCUUUUUGCUUUGGCAAGCAACCCCGAAAACGAACCUGACGUCCUCAU